AUCUAUGAGCAUAGAUAUCUAUGAGUUUGAAGAAAGGUUAUGUUAGACAAUCUGUCAUCUUAUUUUUCUGGAAAGACUAUAAUUUGAUUUCAAACGUAUAUUUACGAGAAUGUAAAAUAAGCUAAUUUUCUUCGUAGAAUUUUUACUUCCAACGGUUUUAACUUCGGGGGUUUACUGUACAUGCGGAUUUUAUUUUAAAAUAUAAUUGUCUCCAAUUUUUUUUAUAAUGGAUACUGAUAAAAGGAAUAAAAGCACAGACUGUGUAGAUUCUGAAGAGGAAAGAGAUGUAUUUGAUGUCAAAGAAAGUGAUAAUUUGUACCAAGAAGUUCGAGAUAUUUUGAGUCAACUCACAUCUAAAAACUUCCAAAACUGUUUUAUUAAAAUUCGAAGUUUAAAGAUUAAUACUUGUGAAGAAUUGCAUGGAAUAGUCAACUUACUUUUUGAAGAAAUUAUGAAUUAUGAGUCUUGUGCUUUGUUAUGCAGGGAAUUGGUUUUGAUGCCGAUGCUCAAGAGUGAAGAGUUGAAAAAAAAGUUUGGUGUUAAAUUCACUACUUUUCGAAUGCUGUUGUAUAUCAGAUGUGAAGUAGAGCUGAAAAAGAUACUUAAUGAUGAUGAGUACCUGAUAAAUUUAAUGUUCAUUGAUGUAUAUUAUAAUACCUUUCUCCAUAUCAGUGCUGAUGUGUAUUAUACUUCAGAAGAGCAAAAAGAAUUUCAUAAUGAAGGGAAACAAUUUCAUAAACAAUUAAAUGAAACUUCAAUUACUUUUAUAAAGUUUUUGGGUGAACUUUACAGACAAUUCGUAAUAACAAAUGAUAUACUGAGAAAAUUUAUGGUGAAUGUAAUUGUUGAUAUGGGUCAGAAAUACUUAAGUUGUAUUAAUUAUUUGUCAUCUGCAAUUGGUGAGGAGUUAAGAAAGAAUCCAGUAUAUCAACAAACUUCAGAUUCGAAAGUAAUUAAACAAGAGACAGAUGACAAACAUGUGCCUGAAGAGCAACUCGGCAUUUUGAUAGAAAACACAUAUGAAAGGAAAGAAUUAGUUUCAAACAGUUCAGUUUUUAAAGAAGUAAAGGAAAAUAUUAAAAAAAAAAUUGAUGAAAAGGACCGUAAGGUAUACACUUUAGAAAAUUUAUUACUACUGCGAAAUGUCCCAAGCAGUAUAAAAUUACCAGAAAACUAUAAAAACGCUUCCAUUCGUCCCUUAACGCCUCAGACGGACAUUCAAGACACAGAAAAAUUAUAUCCAAUGGAAGCUGCAGUUUACACAGUUUCUGCAUCAUCUUCAGCUUCUGAGGAAAUAGGCACCCAAAAUAAAACUAUGAUGGAGGUUCCUCAACAAGAAUCUCGGAAAAAACGACAAAGAAGUAAACAAUUGACUGUUGAUCCUGGUGUGUGGAUGGAUCCAGUGAAAACUGCGGUUUGCAAGUCUUCUGAUUUAGUUUCUCCCGUUCAUGAAACAAUCUCCCAGAAUAAUACUGCAAUAAUGGCUCUUCCAAAGAAAUCUAAGCAAAAACAACUUACAUUAAUCGUUGAUCCCGUCACAGGUAGAAAAAUGUACAAGUUAGUUGAAAAACAGGAAGAAAACAAAUUGAAUUUGAAAUCAAACCCGUCGUCAGUGUCUCAACCGGUGGAAUCAGCGAAGACGAAAGAGGAGCUCCAUAAAAUUGUUAACAAAACCAUAACAAAAUUAACUUCCUCCAGCCUCAAAUCGACUGUCGAUAGGAUAACGAGUCUCAAAGUUAACACUUACGAAUAUGUUAAGUACGUGAUCGAAAUUAUAAUGGAAAGAACAAUAAAUAAGUUUGAAUCUUGUGCUUUAUUAUGUAAGGAAUUAGAUCAAAUGCAGGUACCAACCUUAGAUGGGCUUAAAGGUAGAAUGAAGAUGACGACUUUCCAUGAACUUUUACUUGCUAGGUGUGUAGAAGAUUUGUAUAAUGUGCCAUGUUUAACUGAAGAAGAAAUUGCAACGUCUGAAAACGAAGCAGUUAUUUCAUUGAGAUUAAAACAUGUUGGAUUAGUACACUUCAUGAGAGAACUUCAUAAAAAUCAGAUAUUAACAGACGAAUCAGUGGUGGAGUGUGUAGUAUAUUUGCUUAAAACAUGGCGAACAAAGAGUGAAGGAAAUUUAGAAUGUGUUUGUAGGCUUCUUUUAAUGUUUGGUGAAGAAUUGGAAGCCAGAAAAGUUGAUCUAAAUUCACAUUUUAAUACAUUAAAGCAAAUAUGUAACAACAAACAGAAAAUUAGUAGUAUGUUAAGGUUAAUUUCGCAAUCAUUGCAUGACUUGUGGAAAGCAAAGUGGGCUCCUGAGAAGCGAGAAAUUUGUCAGAUGCUACAAAAUGCCUACAAUCCACGUAUGACAAAAACGGAACUAUGUGGGAUAACAGUUUCAUUAAUGAAGAAACAGGCCUUAAAACGCAUUAAAUUACUUCAAAUCGAUACAUAUGAACAAUUAAAUGGUGUCGUUACUGUAAUAUUUAGCAAAGCUUCAGUUUGUCCUGAAUUUUGUCUUCAAGUUUGUAUGGCAUUAUUACAUAUAAAGGUGCCUUGUAUAAAAAAUGAUUCUUUACAAAUUGUCGACAUACAAAGAGCUUUACGUAACAAAUGUGAGAAAGAAAAGGGAAGCCCCGGUUUCACUAAAUUAAAACCUGGUUUCAAUAAAUUCAUAGGAUUUCUCUUCGAGAAAGAAUUGAUUACGAGCGCAAUUGUAGUAAAGUGGAUUGCAAAGUUGCUCAAAAAUGUGAACGAAAAUAGUUUGGUAAGUGCUCACGAACUUCUUGUGCAAGUUGGUGAACGAUUAGAAAAGAACGGUAUAGAUUUGAGUCCGCAUUAUAACAGGAUAAAUGGAAUAGUUCAGAAGGAACCUGGAACAAUAAGCAACAAUGUAUUGAUAAAAUUAGGUUGUUUACUUACAUGGCGGAAUGCUAUGCUUUCACUUCAACGAGUUCAACCUCCGCAAUUUCAGACAAUUACAAAUCAACCGAAUAAUGAUGUUCAGCAUAAGCUGUUUGAAGGAUUACAAAAAUUAACCCUGUCCAACAAUUCAUCAGAAACUAUAUCUCAGUAUCAAACUGUUCCUCAACAAAUAAAAGUAAUAACCAAAAACGGAAUACAAACAAAGGAUAUCAUUGUCCUCCCCGAUCAUUCUGCACAACAAAUACAUGGAAAAGGAUUGCCAGAAAACUCAAAAUGGUUGAAAGAUAGCAGGAUAAUGUCACAGUCUGAAAACAACAUUUCUCUAUCUGACCAUUCACAAAACGACAAACAAUUGCCUUCUACCUCGAAGAUAACGAUCUUACCGAAUAACGAAAAACUUAAGUUGGAGGAUGUUUCAAACGGUACUGCUUCUUUUGCGGAAGUUCAUAAAAAGUUGCUGACGUUAUUUUCAGUAAACACGCCAAUCAAUGAAGUGAUACAAUGGAUACAGACAAACAUAGGUGAAGCGAAAGAAGAAGAAGCAUUCGUUAGGGCUUUGAUGACGGCUAUUCUUCAACAGUGUAUAGUAAAUAAUAAGUUGAAUGACCAGGCAUUUAAAAACUUUUAUCAGUAUAUUCACAGACUUUAUAUUGGUUCUUCUGACUCGGUGGAGAUUUAUUGUCUGUAUGCUAUUCAAACAUUAUGUUAUAAACUGGGUUUUCCAGAAGGUCUUUUGUUAACAACAUUCAAAAAAUUGUAUGAAGAUAGUAUUAUUUUGCCCGAGAGUUUCUUAACGUGGAAAGCUUGCUCCGAUCCCACCAAACAGGCGGGGAAAGAGGAAUACGAUGAACUGGGAAGAUUACAAAGGACUUGUCAAGGCGAAAUAGCAGUGAAUAAAUGUGAGGGUACCUGUAAUAGUCAAGUACAACCCUCUGUUAUAACACCAACUGGAUUUUUAAAGGAAUGUUACUGCUGUAGAGAAAGUUUUUUGAGGGAAAGAAUCGUCACAUUGACUCACUGUUAUGAUCCUGAUGGCAUGCGACUAACAACCGAAGAUACGCAUUCGAUGGAUGUAAAAUUAAGAGAACCGUCAGACUGCAAAUGUUACAAAUGCGGAGAGUAUACUCGAUAAUAAUGUUAAAAAAAUGAUAAUUUUGAGGGUAAAAACUGUAUUCUAGUUCUAAUUAGAACUAUUAAACCACAUAAUGCAUAUUUAAACAUCACUAAUUGAAUCACAAAAACAGCAAAUAAAUAAAAUGUAAUUAAACUUUUAUGUAUAUUAAUUUGUUGAAAUCAAAACUAGUAAAUUUUUAUGCUACUAUACGACAAUUUGAUCGCCAGAUGCAUAUAAUUCUAAAGAAUUAUGUAUAAUAAGUUAUUUACUUUACUAAAUCUAUGUACUUACCUAUAUAAUUCAAUAAAAGUGGCUUAAGUAUGCGAA